GGUUGGUAACAGGUGUCUGGAGAGGAACCUGGCUGUCUGGACAACAUGGAGCUGCUGCAGCAGGGGAGGACAGGAGAGACAGUCAUCAGUCAGGACAGGGUCAAGGGACAGGAGGUGGCCAAGUGCCCCCUGGACCUGCCAGAGUACCAGACCACACAGCCACAGCCACAGCCACUACCCAAUAUUUUUACCCAACAGCCACUGUCUAAUGGGACAGCCGGGGAACACACAGCAGAGCUCCCAGGGCCCUCUGUAAGGUCUGCCAGAGCUGAUGGUGAAGAUAGUGAUGAUUCAACUGACGACGCGUCACAUCUCCUACCAAACAGUAUACCAUCAAACCCAUACCAUCUACCGAGAGUAGAGCUUCCCAGCGGGGUCCCUGUGUCGUCCAGUCCGAAAACUUCCCCCAAGACCCUGAUCAACGGAGCCUCCCCCUCCCCGUGUGUACCCCUCCAUCUGCCUCUCUUAACCAGAGAGGAUGGAGCCCUCCUCAGUCCCCUCAGUCCCCAGCCUGUGACAGACACCAUGGGCACCCUAUUAAAACAACACCUGCCGUCCACCACAAGGAGCCAGAACUCAUUGAAAGCUGACGCCACUCAGAUAAAGGAAAUAGCUGGAGAUGACUGCUGUGUACACUGUGUCCUGGCCUGUCUGUUCUGUGAGGUGCUGUCCCUGUGCUCGGUGCUGGCCCAGUGUCUGGCGUGCGGAGAGGGCUGUGAGGUGCUGUGUUGCUGUGGGGAGGGGGCUGCCGGCGGGUUGGCCUGUGGGGAGGACGCCUGCUCUGCCCUGUUGAAUUGUGGGAUACUAGAGGACUGCUGCGAGUCUUCAGACUGUCUGGAGAUCUGUCUGGAGUGUUGUUCUAUUUGCUUCCCUGUGUAGAAGAAGAGGAAGAGGAAGAGGAAGAAGAUUGAAACAUUUGACAGAAAGACAGGUGGAGUGUUGUUCUAUCUGCUUCCCUGUGUAGAAGAAGAAGAAUGGAGGAAGAGGAAGAAGAAGAAUGGAGGAAGAAGAAGAAGAUUGAAACAUUUGACAGAAAGACAGGUGGAGUGUUGUUCUAUCUGCUUCCCUGUGUAGAAGAAGAAGAAGAGGAAGAAGAAGAAGAUUGAAACAUUUGACAGAAAGACAGGUGAAGUGGCUCUGUGUUCGGCCUCCUAAACGGACCGAGCUGUAAUAGACGGGACAAAUGACCCCGACCACCAUGUUGAACACUUUUCAUAUUCUCCCCCCCCCGUCAGAUGUCUCUGUUCUACACCAACAUUGAUUAAACUUUGGGGUUUAUUUAAUAUCAGUGUUUAUUUUGCAAAGCCAUUAAGCCACAACACAGGUUGAGGAUGAGAUGUUGUACUGAGCAGUCUGACCAGUCAGGUUGAGGAUGAGAUGUUGUACUGAGCAGUCUGACCAGUCAGGUUGAGGAUGAGAUGUUGUACUGAGCAGUCUGACCAGUCAGGUUGAGGAUGAGAUGUUGUACUGAGCAGUCUGACCAGUCAGGUUGAGGAUGAGAUGUUGUACUGAGCAGUCUGACCAGUCAGGUUGAGGAUGAGAUGUUGUACUGAGCAGUCUGACCAGUCAGGUUGAGGAUGAGAUGUUGUACUGAGCAGUCUGACCAGUCAGGUUGAGGAUGAGAUGUUGUACUGAGCAGUCUGACCAGUCAGGUUGAGGAUGAGAUGUUGUACUGAGCAGUCUGACCAGUCAGGUUGAGGAUGAGAUGUUGUACUGAGCAGUCUGACCAGUCAGGUUGAGAUGUUGUACUGAGCAGUCUGACCAGUCAGGUUGAGGAUGAGAUGUUGUACUGAGCAGUCUGACCAGUCAGGUUGAGGAUGAGAUGUUGUACUGAGCAGUCUGACCAGUCAGGUUGAGGAUGAGAUGUUGUACUGAGCAGUCUGACCAGUCAGGUUGAGGAUGAGAUGUUGUACUGAGCAGUCUGACCAGUCAGGUUGAGGAUGAGAUGUUGUACUGAGCAGUCUGACCAGUCAGGUUGAGAUGUUGUACUGAGCAGUCUGACCAGUCAGGUUGAGGAUGAGAUGUUGUACUGAGCAGUCUGACCAAAAAUGGAAAAAUCAAUCGUAAAAUUGAAUUAAUUCUCAAAAAAUUGAAGUUUUUUAAAAUAGCAAGCUAGGACUAAGGGAAGAAUACUCUAAAAGCUGAAGAAGGCGUGACAAGUCGACGUCCAGGAAGUAAUGAGAUGACUGUAGAUCAUGACAGUUAACAGUACAGUGAUACAGAGGGAGCAGCUUCGUUUGAGCCAGUUGGCUUACAGCAGGAAAAGAAUCCUGCAGCAACAGGAAAUGGGAGUUAUUGUUCUGGAUUAUAAUUAAUGGACAUAUUUUUUUGUAGGGGUUGAUACAGUAUUCAUAAGGGAAAAUCUAGUCUGUAAUUUCAUAGUGGAAACUACAAUCUUUAGAACCUUUUUUUUAUUAUCUCAACUACGGCAUCUGUAUUUAUUUUUCUUUUUUUUACAAUAUGAGAUUUAACAUUGGUUUAUAAGUUAUGCUGUUACAAUAUGAGAUUUAACAUUGGUUUAUAAGAUAUGCUGUUACAAUAUGAGAUUUAACAUUGGUUUAUAAGAUAUGCUGUUACAAUAUGAGAUUUAACAUUGGUUUAUAAGAUAUGCUGUUACAAUAUGAGAUUUAACAUUGGUUUAUAAGAUAUGCUGUUACAAUAUGAGAUUUAACAUUGGUUUAUAAGAUAUGCUGUUACAAUAUGAAAUUUAACAUGGGUUUAUAAGACAUCUUGUGCCACUUGCCUCUGUCUGGAUGAGUACACACUAUACUGUCAUCUAUGUGAAAAUUAAGCUAUUUCAUUUUGUAUUGAUGUGAUCUUUCAGCAAUCAAUUUGCAAUUCUGAAAACAUAUCUACAUAGACAACAUGUUGUAAGACAAGAUGAUUAGAAAAGUAGGUGAAACAGGGAGUUUUAAACCUCUACUAAAUCUUCUCCUCUCCUUGUCCUAAAACAGUCACUUCUGAAAUAUCACUGUUUUCCUUUGUCUUUAACUGGCAGGAAAUCUGUUUUCCUUUGUCUUUAAUCUGUUUCGUAUCUGGAUGUUAAGUAUACAGUAUCUAGUCUGGAUAUUAAGUAUACAGUAUCUAGUCUGGAUGUUAAGUAUACAGUCUCUAGUCUGGAUGUUAAGUAUACAGUCUCUAGUCUGGAUGUUAAGUAUACAGUCUCUAGUCUGGAUGUUAAGUAUACAGUCUGAUUUAGAGUAGCUAUUACAGUGAAAUAAUGCCAUGUGAUUGUUUGAGGAGAGUGCACAGUUAUGAACUUGAAAAUGUGUCAAUAAACCAAUUAGGCACCUUUGGGCAGUUUUGAUACAACA